UAUUGGCCUUGGUUUCCUGCUUUUUUUGAUCAUAUAUAUAUAAGCGGAUUUUCGUUAAUCCGUGUCAUUUACUGGGGUACCGCUAAGAAGUCAAAAAUGAAAGCCAUCGUUGUUGCUGUGCUUGUGAUCGCUUUGGCCGGUCUUUCCAAGCAGCAAGAAGACCAAGCGGCACUUCAGCAAAAACUUCUCGAAUACCGAGACCAAUGUCUGACCGAAACCGGCGCCAACAAAGAUGUGGUCAUCAAGGCUGACAACGGCGAGUUCGACGACAACGACCAGAAACUGAAGUGCUUCGCCAAGUGCUUCUACCAGAAACAAGGCUACAUCAACGACGACGGCUCCUUGAAGACCGACGUAGUCGAAGCCCGCAUUCCGGCCAGCGCCAACAAGGAAGAAUCCUUGGCUGUCAUUCGCAAAUGUGAAGCCCUCAAGGGAGCCGAUAGCUGUGAUACCGCCUACGUGAUUCACAAAUGCUUCUUCGCCUACAUCAGACAGCAAGCCAUCGCUGCCGCCCAAGCUGCCGCCGCCGCUCAAGGCACAUCCGGCGCCCCACCAGCUGCUGCUGCUCCAUCUGCUUAAGUACCCAAUGAUGGAGUGACGUGUUUUUGUUAUUUAUUUUGUAAUUAUGUAAAUAAAUUUAUUAGAUUAUAGAGAAA